AUGUUUUGUCUCCUUUCCUUUGAGCCGGAAUUGGAUGCGAUUGGGGAGGUAACGGAUGAAGUUCAAAGGGAGGAGGAGAUGAACUACAGCACGGAAAGUGAAAAUGAAGUUGAAGAGAAAGGAGCAGAAGAAAACGAGAAUGAAGAAAAUAGGGAAGAUGAGAGAGAUGUGGAGACGAGCUGCGAUGCUCUUUUGGAAGAAGCGGGGGAGAAAAGUAAAGACGAGGCAUCGCUAAGCCAUCUACAUUUUGAUGUGGAAGAUGCUGUACAGACACCAAUAUUGGCCACCCGUGUGACAGAAUCGAAUGUGGAUAAACUCACUCAGACUACAUUGAAUUCUGCCGAAGAACUCAAAACGCAACUCUUCUCAUCGAGGAGACGGCGUCCGUCACGAAAUUGGAAGGACGUACUCCAGUUCUCAGGUGAAUUAAUUCUUCCUCAAAUAGCAUGCCAACUAUCGAUUUUAUUACCUAUUGUUGUCACCACUUGCACCAGAAUAGCCACCUCUCAUUUCAUUAAUGUCAACUAUUUUAGGAUCCAAUAUGCUCCUGGAUCAGAAGUCACAUAA